AAUGCAUCCCAGACGAAUCGAGCGGCAGUAGUGAUGGUCAGCGGUGCUGGUGGAGGCGUCAGUGGUCCUGCUGGUAUAUCUCUCCCCCACCUUACCUUAGCCUGUCCGUCUACAGGAUGCAAACUGACUGUACAUACAUGCAGGCAUCUACCCCUCUGGCAGACAAACUCGCCCUCCUCAUUUCCGUCCCCACCAUCCGACUCGACUACCGCGAACCCGCAAAGACAGAUAUCUGUGCUUCGGACAUCAUCGCCGCCUUCAACUAUCUCUCCUACACAUACAGCAGCACCAACUUCGUCCUCGUCGGCUGGUCCUUUGGCGGCAGUCCCUGCUUCACUGUCGCAGCGCAAGAACCUGAGCGCGUCCGCGGCGUGGCAACCAUCGCAUCACAGACGAUCAAUACAUCCGGAAUCAAAGAGUUGAAUCCACGGCCGCUACUCUUGCUACACGGGGCGGAUGACUUGGUCCUAACGUCUGCGUGCUCGGAGACGCUGUACCGACAGUAUGGGACGGGAGGGGAGAAGGAGCUGAGGCUGUUUGAAGGAGAUGAUCAUGGCCUAUCGCGGAAUGCGCCGGAAGCUGAAUGCAUGCUGUUGGUGUUUAUCACCAAGGCAUUGGGGCUUGAGGAGUUGUUGGAUCCGGGGACGGUGGAGAUGGCUGGGAAGGACUUUGUGGAGAGUCGGGAGGAGAGGGUUAGGGAGAUGGAGAAGGGGCAUGAUUUGGAGAGAGGGGAGAGCUUGAAUUAUGACUAUUGAUGGACGUAAUUUGUAUAGGAUGUGGUCAGAUCGGACAGGAACUAGAGGAAAUGAUGACGAUAUAUUUAUAGAUUUGUAUACUCGUACCCCUGUAAGCAUAUCACAUCAAUAAAUCUGAGUCGCACUGAAACAAUAAAAGGUGAAUAACAUGUUUUGGAUGGUACGAUAGUUGACUAAAUUAUUACUGUCCUUCAAUCUUAAGGAAUGCUGAAAUAGAAAAACAAA